AUGGGUGUCUACAUCCCCCCUCCCGACGACCUGGCGCCCCGGCUGCUGCGGCCAUCGCUGGGGCUGCUGCUGCUGCUGCUGGACGACGACAAAACCAUCAUCCGCAUCGCCAUUCCGCGCAACCCGCUGGUGGGCCUCGUGUGGGGCCCGCUCACGCCGGCACUGGACAACCGUGCCGCCGUCGCCGGCGCCAUCGCCCUCCAGCUCGCCAUCGGCAUCUGGGGUUUUAGCAAAGCCCGCCACAUCUACCGCCUGGCGCGCUACUACCACCAGCUGCGACCGAAGCUGGCGCUCAAGGCGCUGGUGCCGUUUUUGGCUGGGUCAGUGCUAGUGUUUGGCCUGGGGCUAGAGAUGGCGCGGAUGGCGCUUCCUUACGACCCGUGGUACGACGAGGCGCGCCACUGGCGGCGAGUGGCCGAGCGCCACGGCCAGCAGCCGCUGGCAUGGUUCGGCGCUUAUGACUUAUACACGCCGAUGCCGUUUAAGCAGUGGACGGAGAUGGUCAAUCAGUGGCUCAAAGUGAAGGAGCGCCAGAUUGCGCAGGGCGACGGCGCCAGCGCCGGCGGCGACGUGGGACCAGCGCGGCCCCAGGUAUUGCGCCAGCUCCACCCGCCAGGCAAAUACCAGGACCUCUACCAGGGAAUCCACGACGCCAAUACCAAGCGGUACGGCGAGUUAUUGGCUAACGAACUCAAAGACGUUAACGAAUUGAAUAAAGCCGAGCGCAUCGACCUCAUAUUGGAGGGGAAACUGCCGUGGGUCAACCCCCACUAUACCAAGCCCCAUAUCCAAUUAGGCACGUUUAGAAUGGACCUGAUUGAAGACUUUGAGUUGGCGUGGGACAAUUUUAACCCCUGGGAAGAGCUUAAGUUGGAAACCGACUGUGAUAUCCGGCUUAUCCCGCGGUGGAAGUGGACCGACGACCCCAGCGACAGUGCCGAUAAUUCCGAGGCUAACUCCGACGUUAAAGACGCUACCGACGCCACCGCCGGUGAGGCUCAUCCUCUGACAGUGGACACCGCCAGACACUAG